GCCCUGCAGUCCUUUUAGAGGAAGAAGGAGGCGGAGGGAGAAAGCCGAACCCACGUGAUACUCUCUCCACAGCUUCCCACUGGCUCUGCGUUCCGCCAAUCAUUUGCCCUUGCCCUUGCUCCUGCCCGGCACCACGAUGGCGCCCACGGAGCCGGAAAUUUAACUCCCCUGCUUUUCCAGGAACCGGAAGUGCCAGCUCUGAGGCAAACUGGGCAGCGGGGAAGCAGCGGGGUCCUGCUCCUCCCGGGCCCCGCUCCUCGUCCUCCGGCGGCGGCGGCGAUGAAGCUCCUUCCCCCGCGCCGGGCGGGGAGGCGUUUCGUGCUGGGCGCCGCCGUGCUGCUGUGGCAGCUGAGCGCGACCGCCCAGGCGGUGGAGCCCAUCAGCCUGGGCUUGGCCAUAGCCGGCGCCGCUGCCUCCGCCCUCACAGGAAUCAUCUCCUACCCGAAACUCUACUGCUACUUCGCCCACUGCUGCCUCCACAAGCCUGGCGCCCGCAGCGGGACAGGUAAGCUGGGGGGGGCGGGGGGGGAGAAUUUCGCGUUCGGGUUCUGUGACGUCAGAGUGCGGCAGCCCAGGUGGGGUGAGCUCUGCUCAAAGGUGAGUGGUGUGCAUGCUCUGACAUCAGAGAAGGAAGGUGGAAACCAGACGCUCCCACUGGUGUCAGGGAAGGGGUGGGGAGUGGCAGUGCAGGGUCCGCCUAAAUGUUUCUGUGGCUCUAGAGGUGACUGCUGUGACAUCACAGGAAGAAGAUGAAAGGAAAGAGUGUGCAGUUGUCAGGGAAGGAGAACCUUUGGUCCAUACAGCUCGGUAUUGCUCACACCAACAGGCAGCAUCUCUCUCCAGGAUUUCGGACAGGGAUCUUUCCCAGCCCUGCCUGGAAAUGUCAUUGAGGAUUGAACCUUGGACCUUCUGCAUGAGCAUUGCCUGCUUUAUUACUAAGCUGUGGGUAUCCUUUUCCCUCCUUUUUUAUUUGCUCCGUUAGGCACUUUGACCACGGAACCCCUGCCCCCACUAACGACUGGAUAUGAAGGUUGAAAGAGCCAAGAAUUUGUGAUUCUGCUCACAAAUCAAGAAGCCGAGCCGUUCUCAGGGAAUUUUAAGGGGCUUGGGCUAGAUAACCCUUAGGGCCACUUCCAGCAAUAGAAUUCUAUUCUUCUUCUUACUUCGUGGCUUACUGGAGUAGUGCUUUUGCAUACAGGUUAGGUUCCUCACACUAAUCUUUGCCAGGCUAAAAAUUAUAUGCUUGCACAGAAGGACUUCAGAUUUCCAAAAUGCUCUUUUAAUCAGUUACUCCUUUUAUUCCCCCCAGUGCUUCAAGAGGGUUUGGAUGACCAACUCUUUGGGCAGCAUCUGGCGAAGAAGGUGAUUGUGAAAUCGCUUACUGGAUUUUUGAAUAAUCCAAACCCGAAGAAGCCUUUGACACUCUCCUUACAUGGCUGGACUGGGACUGGCAAAAACUUUGCUAGUAGGAUAAUUGUGGAGAGCCUUUUUGAAGGAGGCCUCAACAGCAAAUUUGUACAUCAGUUUGUAUCCACUCUGCAUUUUCCUCAUCAGCAGAACAUUUCCCAGUACAAGGUAAAAAGACUGAUUGCAUCUUAAGACUAGAUGUAACUAUUUCCUUACAGCUGUGGUUCUGGAGAAGGGCUGCAACAUGUCCUUGAACCCUGAAAGUGCUGGCCUAGAUGGAGAACAGAGAGGGGAGCAGGAACUAGGAACUAGCCUACCCUACAAAAGUACAAUGUGCAUUAAUUGCUCACUCUUGCUUCUGGCCCUUGCCUAUCACAUGCAUGAGGCCCCCAGGAGGUUGCCUGGAAGGGUAUGUGUCUCUUUGUCUGAAAUACUGUCAAUAAACAGAACAUGUUCUUUUUAAAUAACAAGGACCAGUUGCAGAUGUGGAUCCGGGGCAAUGUGAGCAGCUGCCCAAGAUCCGUCUUCAUAUUUGACGAGAUGGACAAGAUGCAUGCUGGCCUCAUCGACUCCAUCAAGCCUUUCCUGGACUACUACGAGGAGCUGGACGGUGUGUCUUACCGGAAAGCUAUCUUCAUCUUCCUCAGGUUAGGAACAAGCCUAGAUGUGAAGCUGCAAAAGUACAUCUAAAUUUAGGAGCUGGCGCUAAAAGCUCUCGUCUCCAUCUUUGGGAUACGUCCAGAAGAAAGAUUUCAUCACCAUAGCUUAAGGCAUUAAAUUAUUGAUCAUCUGGUGGCAGGGAAUUUUCUUCUUCCAGCUUAGCUUCUUGCUCUACUAUCAUUAAUUUACUAAUUGCUUUCUAAAUGGCCAUUUCAAGGCAAUUUACACAGUAGGUAAUCAAAAACAGUUAAAAGACAGAAAAGCAGCUAAUACAUUUAAAACAAAUAAAAAGACUUUAAGCACUGGGCACUCAUAGUAAAGAUCCAUUUAUCCAGCUGGGAAAGUUUGUCAGAACAAAUAUGUCUUCAAUUGUUUUCAGAAAGUGCAGGUGGUGGGUACCUGCCAUAUCUGCAAAACUGGGGCAGCCACACAGAAGGCCCUGUUCCAAGUUAUUACAGAAUGGGCUUCUGAGAUCUCUGGAACUUGCAGGAGACACUUCACCACAGGGAUCUACAGGGCAUGUAAGGGAUAAGGUGUUCUCUCAACUAACCUUGAGUGGUAGCCACCAAUCUAUAUAGCUUUAAAAGAGAAUUAGACAGCUUUAUGGAGGAGAGGGCUAUCAAUGACUACCAGCCAUGAUGGUUAUGCUGUGUCUUCACAGUUGGAGCCGGUAAUGCUACUUGUGGGACUCCCACAGGCAUCUGGUUGGCCACUGUGAGAGCAGGAUGCUGGACUUGAUGACCAUUGUCCUGAUCCAGCAGGCUGCUGUUAGUUAACAUGGUCCUAAGUUGUAUAGGGAUUUACAUAUCAGUACAGUCAUACCUCGUGUUGCGUUUGCUUCAUGAUACGUUUUUUCAGGUUGCAUCCCGUGGUGACACAGAAGUACCGGAAAGGGUUACUUCCGGGAUUCGCCGCUCGCACAUGCGCAGACAUGCAAAAUGACGUCAUGCGCCGACGCGGCUUGCGUUCUGCUCAUGUUGCAAAUGGGACUCCGGAACGGAUCCCGUUCGCAACCAGAGGUACCACUGUACUAGUAUCUUGAACUUGGGCUUGUAGCAAACUGGCAACUGGUGCAAAUUUUGCAAGGAAGGUUUUAAAAGCUGGCACUUGUUGAAAAAUGCCUUCCUUUCUCACUUCAGUAAUGCAGGGGCUGAAAAGAUCACCGAGGUGGCGCUGGACUUCUGGAGGAGGGGAAAGAGGAGGGAGGACCUGAGCUUACGGGACCUGGACCUGACCUUGUCUGUUUUCAAUAACAAAAACAGUGAGUAAUCAGGGAUAUUAAACCUGCAGUCCUUUUUUAUUGAUUGAAAUACUUGUAAACCAUACUUUUGUAAAAAAUAAAACAAGGUGGUGCUGUGUAUAUGCUGCUGUAUGCUGCCAUGUUACCUUGUGUGAAUUAGCAGCAUGCAAAUAAGAUAAAUCAAUGCUGCCUAACACAGGGGUGGGAAUCUGUAGGCCUGGGGACCAAAUGAGGCUCUCGGGCCCCGUCUCUGGCCCUCAGAAGGCUUCCCAAGCUCGCUUCCCCCCACCCAGCUUAACCCUGUGGCUAUUUUGAGCUACUUUUGGCUGCCUGGAAUCUUUCCUUGAGAAGUGACUCUUACUUACCUUGAUGAAAGUGCAGUGCUUUUUUCUGGGGGUACUCAAGAGUAUGCAGCACCUUGGGGUGUGUGAACCUGGCUUUUGUUUGGUGAAACUAGCAUGUACGAAAGUUAAUAAUCCCAUCCAUUGUUCCUCCAUUGGCUCUGCCUACUUUUACUUCUGGUCUUGCCCUCCACUGGCAUGUGGCCCCUGGAAGGUUGCCCAAGUGGGAAUGUGCCCCCCCCCCCGACUAAAAAAGUCUCCAUUGAUUACAUGAAGAACAUCCCAGCUCAGCAAGUAGCGCAAAUGAAACCUCUAGUAACACAAAAUUGUUAUUGUUUGGCUUUUUACCAAACCGUUUGUGGUUCAGCACAUAGUUAAAACUAUGGAACUUGCAGGAAGCAGUGAUGGCCACCAACAUAGAUUGGCUUUAAGAGGGGAUUAAACAAAUUCACAGAGGAGAGGGCUAGCCUACUUGCUACAUAUGUUCUGCCUCCAUGACUGAAGGCAGAAAAUGCCUCUGAAUAGCACUUGCUGGAAACCGCAGGAGGGGAGACUUGGGUACUGCUUGGGUACUGCUUGAGGGUUUUAUGUUGGGGCAUCUGGUUGGCUACUGUGAGAACAGGAUGCUGGACUAAGUGGCCCAUGAGCCUGAUUAUGAUGAUGUUAUGAUUUUGGCCAUAAUUUCCUGUACUAUGUGUUUAGUCCCUCACCAAGCUUAAGUUAUUGUAUUUGGGGCAUGGAGUGUACUGUAUUGGGCUUUAUUUUAUUGUAUUUAUACCUUGAGCUAUUCUGGACAAAAUGAUAAAAUCAAAAAGAAAAUUAAUAUAUGAAAGAAAGAAAAAUAUUUCCCCACCCCAUACCAAACAAGAUUGCUACCUUCCUUUGCAGGUGGCUUUUGGCACAGCAGCCUGAUCGACAAACACCUCAUUGAUUAUUUUGUACCCUUCCUGCCUCUGGAGUACAAGCAUGUGAAAAUGUGCAUUCGGGUCGAGCUUGAAUCCCGCGACUAUGAGGUGGAUGAGGACAUUGUGACCCAAGUCGCCGACGAGAUGACUUACUUCCCAAAAGAAGAACGGAUCUACUCUGAUAAGGGAUGCAAGACUGUUUGUACAAAGCUGGAUUUCUACCUGUAAUGCAUAUAUUUAUGAUUACCUGAUUUUCGAAGAAAAUGAACCCAAUCACAGAACUUUGAGAAACUGAAUCUUUUUUUUUCUUUUUAAAAAAGAUUUUAAAUUAUGUAAAGAGAGGAGACAGCUCAAUAGUUUCUCAGAGUGGAAGGAAUGACGAACCUGAUCCUACAAAUUACUCAGUCUUGUGGCCUUGUUUUGGUCCACUCCAGAGCAUCUUUUACUGAUGCCUGCCCUGUGAAAACCACCUGAAUUUUUCCACAUCUGCUUUAUGGACCAGUAUUCUAGAGAGUGACUAUGUCUGCGACUGAGUUCUAAUGAGAUCUCUGAUGUUGGAACCACCUUCCAAUUUUCUUAAAAAUUAUGACUUCUCCCAAGGAAUGAAGGAAUGUUCUUGAGGCAGCUUAGGAAAAGACGUUUAGCUUUCCAUGAGCGCCAACUCUUUCUUGAAUGGUUUCAGUAGUAGCGGCAGAGAGAGCUAUGUAACAUGGUAUUUUCAAACUGUUUGCAGGGGUAGCUUUCUGUUCUUUGAAAGUGUUUGGGGGGCGGGGCAGUUAAUCAACAAAUUGGCCAGUAUGGGUGGAAAAACCUCAAUGAGGGAAUACUUGUGGGGGUCAGACUGGCUUCCAUCUUGGCCCCCAUCUCCAUUCAGCAGCAGAAUAUUUGCGCCCUUAUACAUGUGAGGAGUGUAACAAACUUACCCACUGCCCUGUCAGCAGAUGUGGCCCUCUAGGCCACUCCCAGAAUCCUUUGCAAUCUGCAAGGUGUGACACAAAAGAUUCCCGACCCUCAAAACCUUAUAAACCACUGCCUUAAAUCUCAGAAUGCAGGGGGUUGUGAGAGAUUUUGAUAUUCAGACUAAUUUAUAUGUAAACAAAUAUGACAAAUUCAGAAGGGCUUUUUGAAAAUAGCACUCUCCAUCAAAAGGGAGUAUGUAGUAGUCACUGGUGGCACUAACAGGAAAAGAGGGGUUGUUGUUUUUUUACCUGCCUUAAUUCCCACUUCUCUUGGCACCACUGAGGCAAAAACAGGGGUUUCCAGGAUGAUUUAAAGUACAGGUGGGACAACUUCCACUCCUGCUGUUUUAUGGGUUGUGACAGCUUUCCAGGGGCUGAUUUUGAGUGGUGGGGGAAGCCGUGUUGGAUUUUCAUCCCAAUAAAGCCAUCUUGUGCUGGAGAAGAGCAGUUGAUAAAUCAAAGCUCACGUAGGGCAGAAGGAAAACAGCUUUUCUCGAUCUUACUGAACACAACUCCCAAGUUCUCAGCAUUAUCUUCUGAAAGCUCUCUGUGUAUCUUUUUACUUUUCCAGCCUAGCUUCAAGAAAAGCCAGUGCAUCUAAUGUUAAAAAGGCACUUGUCAAAGGGUGAGUGCAUCUUACGAAAAGCACAAGUGCUGCUGCUGGAUUAUGCAAUUUGUGCCAAGAGGUCCUCAUUUCAACACUUGGCAGCAUCUAGCUCACAGGCAGUCAGCCUGAGGCCUAAUUUCACAUUGGUGGCAGGAAGGAGUGUGGAAGAGAGAAAAAUAUAGAGAUUGCCACACACACUUUUGAGUUUGGUCAUGUCCCGCUGUUGGCACACAUCCCAAGAAAAUUCUCCUGGAGGAAUCUGUUCGGUAUAGCAAAGUUAACAGCUGCCCUUAACUGGGCAUUUUUGUGUCAAGUCUGUGCAUUUGUGAAGAAAUUCUUCUUCAUGGCUCACUUUUGCACAUUACUCACCAAACCAUGGACAGGGACACUUUUCACUAUGGCUUGGCAGGACAAACCCAGGGGUAACAGCUGUCACAGUGAUGGCUGCAAAGCAACUGCUAUAAUGUAGAAACAAGAUUGAGUAGCAGGGCAGUAUCACUGUAACAUACUUUGCCAGCCGAGAAGUUCAAAUUAUUGUUUUAAGCAACCAUUAGUAAAAAAACCAAUGUGUCAACUGAGGCAUUGGAUUAAGCCCACAUAAAGUCAAUUGCAUUUUGGUCCUCUUGAAAUCAAGCUUAGAUUAGUUAAGAAAGUCCCCUGUCCCUUCCUUCUACCCAACUCCCACUCCCAUUUUUUAAAAAAGCCUCUGUAGGAGUGAAGAACUGAACAAAGUGUGUUUGCAGGGUGGGGAGAUGGUGAAACUUCCUUGCUGUGAACUACAUGUGAAAGAGUUUGUCACAACCAACUUCUUCAAACCGAUUUUAAUUGCAACACAUCACUUAGGCAUCAGGCAGGCAUAUUCUGUGGUGGGAGGAGGUCGAACUCAGGGGGACUUGAUUCUAAGUGCGCACAGAGGAUUGUGCUCUUAUUGGUCUUCCUUGAACCCAGAACCAGCCAAAAGACAUGGAGCAAAUUGAACUAGGUGCUGUUGGGAAAAGACUGCAGCUUUGUGAUUUUUUUGAUUUAGAAAUACCCGAUUAUGCCCUCCUGCAACUGAUUUUUUAAAUAAAAUUGUAAAAUAAUUGGUCAAAUG